GCAAGAAAGUGACGUCAGCCUGGCGGAGAGGGAAAAUGGCUGCGUCGGCUUGGCUGCAUGGCUCCUCUGCUAUGCGCAUCACUGAAGGUUUGGUGCUGGUCCUGAAGGAGCAGCGUCCGGAGUAUUUACCUGAUGCGUUGGCCAAGUACAGGGAACAUGGCGUGUUCCCCACACAGAGCGCGAGCGACGUGGCUGCUCUCGUGGGUUUUACCAAUGCUAAAGUGAGCUCGAGCAAAACCAGGUUUGAAGGACUGUGUAUGCUGUCUGUCCUGGUGAAAGACAGUUCCAGUGACCUCUUCCAGCAACACUGCCUCUCCUGGCUGCGCUCCCUGCAGCAGGUCAUACAGUCUCAGGCUCCGGUUCAGACCAUCCAACUUGCUGUAAAUAUCCUGAAAGACCUGUUGCAGUACUCUCGCCAAUUACCAGAACUGACCAGGGAGGUGGGCCUCAACUCCAUCCUGGGGAUCCUGACAUCUCUGCUGGGCCUCAAGACAGAGUGUGAGCUAGCAACCAUGGAGGGGAUGAUGGCCUGUAUGGUCUCCUACCCCAGAGCUUGUGGAUCUCUCCGGGACAAACUAGGAGCCUAUUUUCUCUCCAAAAUGGACAGCACCAACAGGAAAACACAGGAGAUGGCGUGCCAGUGUUACAGCCGCCUGCCUUGUUUGGGGGGUGUGUUGGAUAGAUCUGUGGGGGUCGGUCGGGCUGAGAGCUGGACCUACCAGGUUCACUGUCUGCUGGCCUCAGCCAAUGGCCUGCUGGCUCAGAUCUAUCAAGGCUCAGAAACAGAUGCAGCCGUGCAGUAUCAGGGUCCUGGUGUGGAGCUCGCCUUCCCUCGUCUAGACCAGACGGACGCGCUGCUGCUUCUACAGCUGCAGCACCGAUACGCUGCCAUCUGCUCUGCCAUUAAACACACUCUCAGAGUGGAUCCGGCCUCAGCUGUCCAUCUUCCAGUUAGACCGAUGCUCAAUCUGGUGUGUCGGGCGCUGGCUUUCAGCUCCAAGAGUAUCAGUUCAUCUGCGGAUGGAAGUCUGAGACUGUUGGUCCUUCCCAGUAUACACACCAACACACUGGAGGUUCUGUCAGAGCUCAUCACAAUUGUCCGUAGCGGCAUGGUUCAGUAUGCUGCUGUGAUCCAGAGGCUGUUCUCUCAGACGCUGUCGGCCUGGACUCCUCUACCUGAAACCAGCGUGGGAAAACAGAAAGCUUACUGCUCAGUGAGGGUCUCUGUAUACAGAGUCUUGGAGCUGUGGCUCCAGGUAGUCGGUUCCUCUGCUAACAUCCUUCAGGGAACACAGGGACACACAGAACUCCUGUUCAGCCACCUGCUGGGAGACAUUACACCAGGAGCAGAUGCUGUCAAGCUCCGGGGAGGUUUGUCGGUGGAUGUGGUUCCUGGAGGGAAGCCGGGCCCUCGUAGGACAAAGCAGUUGGUCAUAUCAGAUUCAGUGGAGCCGUCACUCCAAAGAAAAGGAGAUCUUCUACCCAACCAGGAUACAUGUGUCUCUGCCCUCAGAGCUCUGAGACAGAUCAUCCUGACCAGUGGUACACUGCUGAAGGAUGAUGUACACAAGCGUCUCCAUGAGGUGGUGUUACCGCUGUGUGUCCGUCUGCAGCAGCAGUCUAGCAGCAGCUCCGCCUGCGAAUCUGCAGGAAGCAUCAGCAGCCAGUACGGCAGCGCUCGCACCAGGAGAGAGCUCUACAGGUUGCUGCUGGCUCUGGUCCUGGUCCCGUCACCUUGUUGGCCUCCACCUCUGACUUGUGCCGUGUCCAUCUUCAGCAAAGGACGCAUUGACCACAACCUCAAGGUUUCUACCUUCUGUGCUGAAGCUCUGACCAUCUGUAACUCGAUCGUCCAUUCCCGCUCUCCCUCCAUUUCACUUCCCUUACCUCCCCUCACCCUGAAGCCCCCCACCGCUGCUUCAGUCCUUUCUUCCCAGGGACCUACCCCCCAGCUAACCCUACCUAGCCUCCUAGAAGGUCCCGUCCCUGGUCCUCCCUUCCCUACUCGUCAUUCUCUGAACCUCGGCCCCACAUCACUGUUGGGAUCUCUGGAGAACCACCUUUCCCUGGUUCCAGGACUUUCAGUCCAGGGUCCUCCUUCGGGAGACCUGAUCCUGUCCCCUCAUGGACACCACCAGUCGGAGCUUUCUGGACUGGGUCCUCCAGAGGCACAGAGACCAGUGUUUGUCCGUUACGAUAAAGAGGAAUCGGAGGAUGUGGAGAUAUCUCUGGCAAGUGACUCCGACGAUAGCGUGGUCAUCGUUCCUCCAGGAAUGCUGAACAUGGAGAACCAGCAGGACGACCCCUCAGGGAACCCUCCCAAUGUCCUCCCUUCCGCUCCGGGCACAAGCGCUUUACCAGGAGGAGAAUCUGUUGCCAUGGUUCCUGCCACGGCAACAACCACCACCAUUGAUGUGUCCUCUCUCUCCAAUGACCUGGCCACCUCUUCCCCCCUCAUCACCACCUCCACCACCUCCAUUAACUCCUUACCCCCCUCCAGUGCCUCCGUGGUCUCACUGGUUCCGCCUCUUACCUCCAGCACUGUUUCAGCACCCCCUAGUGGUCUGGGGGAUUCGUUACCGGGGAAACCCCAGCUCCAACAGAUGCUGAUGCAGCCCCCCACAGCAGGCCAGCCCCCACCCAUGGGCCUGCCCCUCCAUAUGCACCAGCUGCAAAACCAGUUAACCCAGCAGGGACGGCACCUCCACCAGCAUCCACCUCCACCACCCAGCAACGAGGACUCAGCCAUCAUCAACAUCAACAGCACAGAUGAGGAGGAAGAUGAGGAGGACAUGGAGGAUGAUGAGCUGGAGGAGGAAGGCAUGGACGAGGAAGACGAGGAGGAAGAAGGGAGCGAUGAGUUUUAUGAUGGGGAGGAGUACGAUGACUUUGACGAAGAAGAGGGUGAAGAGCUGGAAGAAGAGGAAGAGGAGGAGGACGGGGACAUGCCACCUCUGGAGGGAGCAGAGGACAAGUCAGGGGAGGUGGGGAUGGAGGAGGGCAAGGUGCUUCGAGCAGCAAUGGACGAAGGAGGGAUGACGGGAUACAUCGUGGAGGGAGACAUGGAGGGAGGUAUUGAAGAACUCCAGACCAGCAGAGGAGUGCUGGGAGAAGAUAGGCUGAAGGUCCAGGAGGUGGAGAGCAUCGGCGUCCUGGAGGAGGCUCGGGAAGGAGGAGAGGAGGAGGAGAGCGAAAGGAUGGACGAUCCCACCAUGCCACAGAUCCUGUGUGUCACCGGAGGAGCUCUGGAGGAGAGGUCAGAGGUCAGUGAGGAGGCACCAGAAGAAAGAGGAAGACUUCAGGAGGAGGUCUGGAGCGAUGGAGUGAAGGAGAAGGAGCUAGGAGAUCUAUCAGAGGAAAACUCAGCCAGUCUGCAGGAACCUGCAGCUGAAACUGAACCAGAAGAUGGAUCCAGAGACCAGAAGUCAUCUGGUCAUCAGGAGGAGCAGCCGGAGCUUAGUGAAGAAGACUCAGGAGGAGCUGAUCCCAAACGGUCUGCUGACCUGGAAGCUGUAGGCCAGGAGCAGACCGAUAUUGACCGAGGAGACGGACAGGAAGCAGAACCUCCAAAGAGAGAAGAGGAAAAAGGACAACGGGGGGAAAGUGAUGGAGAACAUGACAAAGGAAUGAAGAGAAAGAGGGAGGAUGGAAAGGCAGACGAGGAAGCUGGACAAAGUCCUGAGAAGAAAAAGCAGGAUGAUGAAGCCAUGGCAUCCAUGUUGGCAGACUUUGUGGCCUGUCCACCUGACGAUGAAGACGUCGCUUCGGGAUCAAACUGCUCCUAACUGGUGAACUGUUAUCAUGAUGGAUGUUUCACCUCAUGAAUAAAAUCUAUGCCGUUGUUUCCAUCAUGUCGUGCUCCACCUGAUCUAAGGAUCGAGCCCUCACCUUUGUAUUUGUUUAUUUUCAACUAAAGCCAACUCGACUCCAGUCUGACGAUGAUGGCCUUCAUCUGUUCAUGUAUACAGUACUCUUCCAAGUCUAGUGUUCUGGAUUAAUCUGCAUGUCUUUUAUGCGUUUUCAUUUGUCAUCACUAUGUACUUUCUUAUAAAAGUAAAUAUUCAGCCAUG